GGGGCCCAGGGGGGCUGAGCCAGGCCAGGAGCCGCCGAGUUGGUAAACAAGCCCCGCGCCUCGUGGUGCGGCUGGGCGGGCGGGAGCGGCGGAGUCGGACGUGGCGUUGUGCGGGGGGCAACGCUGAAGGGUCAGUCAUGGCAGGUGAUGCCAUCAUGCUGAUCAGAGGCUUGGCUAAGCUCAGUAAGGCCAUCAUAGAAACCCAAGUAGGACAGCUGCGGCAAGGAGUUGUUGGUGGCGAUGCAGUUAUCAUUGCAAGGACCUUUCAGACCACUGUUGAAGAGCAAUUCAGUGCUGCCAUGGGAAAGAUGCAGGAUCUGGGUAAACAGCAAGAAAACUUAACUGAUCUUGGUGAGGAUUUUGGGAGCGAUUACAAUUUCUCGGGGCCAGAGUCGUCAAAUGCUACAAAGGACUUCUCAUCUCCAGGCCAGCCUGACAAAGGUAGUGGUACAGAGGGUCCAGCUUACACCUACGCCACGAACGGACCUUUUAGAAAUGUCAGCGAGAUUGGAGAUGCAAGCCCAGGGCAGAUUCCUUUCUCCGCCAAAGUGAAUGCAAAGCUAUUUGGAGGCUUUAGGGACCCUGGAAAUCCUUUUGCUGCUGUUUUUGGGCAAAACAGGGCUUUUCACCAGGACCAUUCCUCUGUCAGUGGGCUAACAGCUGAAGAUAUUGAUAAAGCCAGGCAGGCCAAAACCGAUCCGGAACACAAACCUCACAAACAAAUGCUAAGUGAACGGGCCCGAGAGCGGAAGGUGCCAGUCACACGGCUUGGGAGACUCGCUAACUUUGGAGGACUAGCUGUUGGUCUUGGCAUUGGGGCCUUGGCAGAAGUUGCAAAGAAGAGCCUUAGACAUGAAGAACGCAAUGGAAAGAAAGCAGUUAUGGAUUCCAGCCCCUUUCUGUCGGAGGCCAAUGCAGAAAGAAUUGUGAGAACUCUGUGCAAAGUGCGGGGAGCUGCACUGAAGCUAGGACAGAUGUUGAGCAUUCAAGAUAACGCCUUCAUCAACCCUCAUCUCCAGAAGAUUUUUGAGCGUGUACGUCAGAGUGCAGACUUCAUGCCAAUAAAGCAAAUGAUGAAAACUUUGAACGACGACCUUGGUCCCAACUGGAGGGAUAAACUGGAGUACUUUGAAGAGCGUCCGUUUGCUGCCGCUUCCAUUGGCCAGGUUCACCUGGCACGCUUGAAGAAUGGUAAAGAAGUUGCCAUGAAGAUCCAGUACCCUGGUGUAGCCCAGAGCAUCAAUAGCGAUGUUAGCAAUCUGAUGACCGUCCUGAGCAUGAGCAACGUUCUCCCAGAAGGUCUGUUUCAUGAGCACAUGAUUGAAGUUUUGAGCAGAGAAUUGGCCAUGGAGUGUGAUUACAAGAGAGAAGCUGCCUGUGCUAAGAAAUUCAAGGAGCUGUUGAAGGAUCACCCUUUCUUUUACGUGCCUGAUGUAGUGGAUGAGCUGUGCAGCCAGCAUGUCCUGACCACAGAUCUGGUGUCUGGGUUCCCGCUGGACCAAGCAGAAGGAUUGAGCCAGGAAAUCCGGAAUGAGAUCUGCUCCAACAUCCUGAUUCUGUGCCUGCGGGAGCUGUUUGAGUUCAGGUUCAUGCAGACUGAUCCGAACUGGUCUAACUUCUUCUAUGACCCACAGCUGCACAAGGUGGCCCUGCUGGACUUCGGCGCAACUCGUGGGUUUGACGUGGACUUCACUGACCUCUACAUUGAGGUAAUAAAGGCGGCUGCAGAUCAGGACAGAGAGACAGUUUUGAGGAAGUCGAUAGAAAUGAAAUUCCUUACUGGUUAUGAAGUCAAGGAGAUGGAAAAUGCCCACUUAGAAGCUGUUCUCAUCCUGGGAGAGGCUUUUGCGUCUGAGGAGCCAUUUGACUUCGGCACCCAGAGCACCACAGAAAAGAUCCAUGGUUUGAUCCCUGUCAUGCUGAAGCAUCGGCUUGUCCCUCCGCCAGAGGAGACCUACUCUCUCCACCGGAAGAUGGGGGGCUCUUUCCUCAUAUGCUCCAAACUGAAGGCCAAAAUCGCCUGCAAAAACAUGUUCCAGGAGGCCUAUAGCAAAUACUGGAGCAAGAGGGCCAAGGAGCAGGAGCAGUAGUGAAGAUGAACUAAUAAGUGUCUCAUUCUUAAGGCCCAAUCAUACUGUAUCUAGCAAAGAGCAAUGUAGUUUGUCACAUCCCCACAUUCUCAUCUUGAGAUGUAGCAGCCUGUGUGCUGGAAGUUCAAUGUUUGUUUCACAAGGACAAAGUCUUUCCUUAACACAGCGUCUGUCCUAGACUCUGCCAUUAGACUCCCAUGGCUUACAGGAAUUGUCCUCCUGAGGUGGUGGGGCUUAGUUCGCUGUGUUCUUCCACACUGUUCAAAGCACCAACCAGCUAUCUCUAGUGCAUUUUUAACAUUGAUGGUGACUGCAUACUGUGGUUGGGUUUUUAUAAUGUGUUGGGCAGGGUUGAGAGGAGAGUUAGAGAGAACAAAACCAGGUCUAGUUUAUAUUGAAACCUGUUUAUAAUUCUCUGAAAAUCAUUAAAAAAAACAAAAACCACACAACUCCUCCUCCACCCCUUUCUUUUUGCUAAGGUGGAAUUUGAAUGGUUUUCAUACUGUGAAUUAUAGAAUAACAUACCUGGUAACCUAGAACAGACCCCUGUUUUGUAAGAUGAAUGGUGGCCUUCAGAGAAGCCUGGAUUUUACUGACAGGGAUAUCAUGUAAGAUGUGUACACAUAGGAUGAAAUUUUAUGCCUUCUGCCUCCCUUUCUGUCUUCGGCUUGCAAGCUAAAACUAUCUGAUGCAGGGGGUGCCAAAACUUAUAUUUAAACAUAUCCAUAGAGAACUCCUGCUCAGAAAGUCAGUCAGUUGUUUUUUUAAUUUUGAGUUGAAUGUAUAAGCAAAGGAGCUGUGCAUAAGCACAAAUAGUGGGAAUCUUCCCUAGCUGGUAUGUAUCAGCUCCCCUGAUGGCCAAAGCCCUGACACUUCUUGGCUUGUUAGAGUCCCAGCAAAGAAACUAGUCUCUUUGCCUUCCUGUGCCCUCCAAUGCAGAGUUUGAGGGAAGGGGGAAACGUUCUCUGGGAUUCUCUUAUGGGCAUUUCAAGCUUUUGCUGAAAUGUGUAUUACAUGUUUAUAGCCAAACGCACAGUUUUAAAGAAUUGGAGUCAGACUAGCAAACUUAACUUGUUAGGGUUUUGUACAAUUCUUGUAUCUGUAUGACUUACUGAUUUCAAUAAAAAAGUGCUUGUGCA